AUGGCAACGAAAUCCUCCUCCACCUCCGACAGUCCCCUAACAACCCACGCCGAGAACAACCCUAAUAACUACGCCCAACCAUACGACAACACGCCUCAACGCCAAUCCCCCGCCCGAGCAUCACAACAGCCCCACGCCGAGCACGGCGCCCCCAUUGAUCACAAAGUCCCCCAGGAAAAUGUGAUUCAGGCUCAUCCGGACCUGCUCUGGUCUCGCAUUCGUCACUCGCUGCGAGAGCCCUUCUCUGAGUUCUUGGGUACUUUCAUUCUUGUGCUGUUUGGUGAUGGGGCUAUUGCUCAGGUCGUGCUGUCGGGGGAGACGAAGGGGACUUGGCAGAGUAUUUGUUGGGGAUAUGGCAUUGGCAUAAUGCUAGGGGUAUAUACAAGUGGUAUCUCUGGCGGACACAUCAAUCCGGCAGUAACCCUAACCAACGCCCUCCUCCGCCGCUUCCCCUGGCGCAAAGUGCCCCUCUACUUCCUCGCCCAGACCCUUGGCGCCAUGACCGCCGCCGCUGUCGUCUACGGCAAUUACCGCUCCGCCAUCGACGCCUUCGAGGGAUCCACCUCCACCCGCACUGUGCCCUUUUCUGCAUCCCACACACCCACCGCAGGCAUCUUCGCCACUUACCCCGCCGAGUUCAUGACGCGAACGGGCAUGUUCUUCUCCGAGCAAUAUUGCAUGCCGGAGAAGUUGGUGCCCGUUGGGCUGUUCUUUGUGCUGUGGGGGAUCGCGGGGUGUUUUGGGUGGGAGACUGGGUUUGCGUUGAAUCCGGCGAGGGACUUUGGGCCUAGGUUGGUGACGUAUAUGAUUGGAUAUGGGAGGGGGGUGUGGACUGCGGCUGGGGGGUAUGCUUGGAUCCCAAUCAUCGCACCCUUCUGCGGCGCAGCGUUCGGUGGUUGGCUGUACGACAUGUUCCUUUUCACCGGCGAGUCGCCGAUCAACACUGAGGGUGCCGGGUUGAAGAGGUUCAUCAGCCCGAGGAAGGAGAUCUGGUCGAACACUUAUCAGUCCGAGCAUGUGUGA